GGAAAUCUCCGCCAAGCUCUCGGCAUAACAACAUUCCAAACCGCGUUCGUCUACCUACCCAGUUGGAACAACUUUGAAAAGUUAUUCUGUCGGAGAUCGUUCCAGAAGACAGACGUACGCGCGCGGUUCUCACGUCACAAUGUUUUUGUUAUUGUUAUUCACCUUUUCCUGGGGUGUCUCGAUUUCGGAGCCCCUAAUGCGCACUUGUGAGCCGAUACGAGUGGAAAUGUGUAUGAUGUGGUACAACAUGACGGGCAUGCCUAACUUAGGCGGUAAUGACAUUCAAAAAGAAGCCGAUCUCCAGUUGCAGUCGUUCUCUCCUCUGAUCCAGUACGGCUGCAGCCAGAAUUUGAAGCUGUUCCUAUGUUCCGUCUACGUGCCCAUGUGUACAGAACAAGUGACGAAUCCAAUCGGGCCUUGUAGAGGGCUCUGCGAGGGUGUUAGAUCGAGAUGUUUCCCCGUUCUGCAGGGGUUCGGUUUCACGUGGCCAGAUGCCCUGAACUGCUCCAGAUUUCCCGAAACUAAUAAUCAGGAACACAUGUGCAUCGAAGGGCCUAAAGAUGAAAUUGAUAUUAGGGCUCCUGUCGAUCCAGCCGUGCAGAAAUUUGAUUGCGACCCUCGACAUAUGAAGGACGGAGAGAGGUGUUUGAAUGGCUGUCACUCAAAUGUCCUUUUCGACGAAUCUGAAAAGAAAUUUGCAGAGGUAUGGGUCACCGUUUGGGCUCUAAUCUGUCUCGUCAUGAGCUUGGGUUCAGUGUUGACCAUGCUCAUAGGAGGUGGUCGUGUGAAAGCCCGUCCUCUGAUCAGCCUUGCUUUUUGCUACGUCUUGGUCAGCAUAGGCUGGGCGUUGAGGAUGUUUGCAGGAAGAACGUCGAGUUCAUGUCACAAAUCACCUGAAGAUGGAUUGUCGAAUGUCAACUGCGCCUUUGUGUUCCUGCUUUUGUACUAUUUUGGAAUGGCUGCUAAUGCGAACCUGCUACAUCGGAAACAAGAAUUCGACCACCCUACUGACCCUAGUGCUAGUACCGUACUUCUUCUACUUCGCUAGCGGCACCAUUCUCCUCUUCUUGGGCUGUGGUUACGUCAUGAAGAAACCCCGACCUCUAGCGGCUGCUCCUUUAACCAACGCGGCUCCGCGGAAGGAAAGCGAUUUUCUAGGGGCGAUUUGCACUCUGUACGCCAUUCCUACGUUUUGCGUAAUGUCAAGCAUAUACUACGAAUACAACAACAAGGACCAGUGGCUUGCAGGUGAAAGAAAACCGGCAUUGUGGGCUUUCUUGCUCAAAUACUUCAUGGUCUUGUUCAUCGGAGUGAGCAGCGUCUUCUGGAUUUGGUCGAUGAAGAGCGUGACUGCAUGGCGAGCGGUUCUGAGAAGAUUGGGACCCAGGAAGCAGGCCCCUCUGAAAGUACAAACCAUGCCGCAAGUAAUGAGAUACAUGCCGGCGCAGACUAUAUCUACCAGCUUGAGUACCACCUCCAAGCACUCGUCGAGGUCGCAUCCCCAUAGAAAACAACCUCGAUUGCAUCACAUGAGGUCGGGCAGUGAAACAGUCAUUUAAGGAACUCAAUUAUGGAUGAGUUUGUGAUAGGUUUCGUUUAUUUUUGUAAAAAAUAACACCGAAGUCUACAGACGCAGAUAUAUAUGCAGGGGGUCAGAAUUAGACCGACGGAUUCUGAUGGAAAAUUUAUCUACAAGACUUCUUGUCUGAGAAGUCAAAGAAUAGAGUCACAAUUGAUUGCAUAGCUUGUACAAAGCAAUAAUAUAAUUCCUGAAUCAUUUUUUCCACUAGUUACAAAUCCCAUCCAAAUAAAAUUUAACGUAGUAGCUUAAAUUUGCUGUUGAAAAUAAUUUUAGUGACAAAGUUGAACAGCCACGAUAGCCCAUAGCCUGAUUUUGGUUUAUUGGUUCCCCAUUCGGGUUAUCACCACCAUCUCACCAUCACAUUACUCGAAUAUAUUAUUUAAUGGUCCAUUACAAUCCACAUCUCUACUAUAAUCCAUUGUAUACUUUUUAAUGCAAACAAUAUGUCUUGAUUCAGUUAGUCAGCCAUUCACGUUCGAGUUUUUCAGGUCAUAUAUGAGGUCUGUUCAAAAAAUAAAAUGAAUUUUCAUUUUUCUCAAAAAUAUUCUUGUAAGCGGCGCUUAAUUUCAAGAUAAUACUCCUUUUUGACCGUAUGACCAUACGACAUAAACUCCCGAAGAUAAUUAGGAAUUAAAUUCGCUGGCACACGCUACAUGUCCAAAUUUUAUGCUGACAUCCUCAGUAACUUCUCUCAUAGUGAUUCAACGAUUCUCCAAACAAUUUUUUCACUUUCUCAACACUUCCAUCGGUUGUUGAAAUGCUGGGGCUUCUAGAGAGAGCGUCGCAAUUCACAUCUUCUUCUUGACCUUCCAUACAAAGCUUGUAUCAUUUGUAAACGGGAAUGAAAAGAAGUCAUUCGGUGCCAAGUCAGGACUGUACGGCGGAUGACUCAUCAAAUCGAUGUUUUGGGUGCUCAAAAAUGCAGUUGUUUGAGCCGAUGUGUGAGAGCUCGCAUUGUCGUGGUGAAGAGUGAUCCGUCUUCGGCGGUUUGUUUUCCUGAUUUCUUAGAAGACAACUGGCAAACAAAUGGUUGGUGUACCACUUAGAAUUGACUCUUCUGCGUUGUUCUAGUGGUACGGUUGCGACAUGUCCAGUUUUUCCGAAAAAACAGGCGACCAUUUGCUUGGAAUUGGUUCGUGCGCCAACAACUUUCGUUGGAUUUGUCUCGUAUAGAAACACCCAUAGUCGACUGCUGUUUACUUUCGGGCUCAUAUGCGUUAAUCCACGAUUCAUCACCUAUCACGAUGUCAUAGACUUGU